CCCCACCAUGUAACACAUGCCAUGCUAUGAUGUAACAGCAUCAUGGGCAGUAUUUAAAGAGGCCGACCUCCUCCCCGCUCCUGCAUCUGUUCCACUUAUUGUCUGAGAUUCGACGAGAGGUUUGGUUAUUGUCCCUUGGAUUUGGAGUAUGAUUAUACGCCUCAUUGCUGUUAAAAAAUCUAUGGAAAAACAAGAAAAGUUGUUUAUAGCUGGGACAAAGUUCAGCCAGAGGGACGCCUUUAGAGAAUCCUGAUCUCUAAAAGAUCUGUCCCAAACUGCUCCUAUAAAGCUUUUGCAGGAACAUCUUGUUGUGUUCACGUUCACAAAUACAACGCUUGUGUUUUUUAAAAAAAAACACUGUGGAAAAUGGUUGGAUUCAGGCCUGCAGAUGUGCCACCUUCGGCAGCUGUAAAGUUUGUGGGAGCAGGAACUGCAGCCUGCAUCGCCGACCUGCUCACCUUUCCCUUAGACACAGCCAAAGUGCGACUGCAGAUCCAAGGAGAGGCCAGAGGCUCCGCUGCUACAGGGAGCGGCUCUACGGUGAAGUAUCGAGGGGUGUUCGGCACCAUCGCCACCAUGGUGCGUACUGAGGGUCCUCUGAGUCUUUACAGUGGGCUGGUGGCAGGACUCCAGAGGCAGAUGAGCUUUGCGUCUGUCCGAAUUGGUCUCUACGACUCUGUUAAACAGUUCUACACUAAAGGCUCUGACCAUGUGGGCAUUGGGAGUCGGCUGCUGGCUGGAUCUACCACAGGUGCCUUGGCGGUUGCCAUUGCUCAGCCCACAGACGUGGUGAAAGUUCGCUUCCAGGCACAGGCCAGAUCUCUUGGCCGUGCCAGGCGCUACUGUAGCACAGUGGAUGCUUACAAGACCAUUGCCAAGGAGGAAGGCAUUUGUGGUCUGUGGAAAGGCACAGCUCCAAACACUGCACGUAACGCUAUUGUUAACUGCACAGAACUGGUGACCUAUGACUUCAUCAAGGAUAUGCUCCUUAGGUCCACGCCGCUGACAGAUAAUCUGCCCUGCCAUUUUGCAUCAGCCUUUGGUGCGGGGUUGUGCACAACAGUGAUCGCCUCCCCUGUUGAUGUGGUCAAGACAAGAUACAUGAACUCUGCUCUUGGCCAGUACAGCAGCGUUCUCAACUGUGCUGCUGCCAUGAUGACCAAUGAAGGCCCGCGUGCUUUUUACAAAGGGUUUAUCCCGUCUUUCUUACGCCUGGGGUCCUGGAACGUGGUCAUGUUUGUGACAUACGAGCAGCUGAAACGAGCAAUGAUGGCAGCGAAUCACAGCUGCAAAGCUUAUCUGUAAUCUCUACUGUCUCUCGAUGGGCUCGUGUUCGACCACACUCACACUGUCUUUCAUUUUUGUUAUCUUCCAGCGUCUUUACAGAAAUAUUCUGACAGAGUGCAAAGUGCAAAUAAAAACAGAAAGACACGA